GUUAGGCUGAUGGGCAUGUGGAUAGUAUUACGAUGCGUGUUAAUCAUGAGUAGUUGUUUUGAUUAAUCUCUGGCUGUUACCUCCAAUGAGUAUGAGAUCUUUUGACUCUUGAUUGUUGUUUAUUUGACUGCCUUUUCUCUGCGAUUGGGAUUUGCUUGGACUGUUGGCUGACAUGAACAAACAAAGGUGAAUUCGAAAAAGCAAAAAGUUAAAUUUCUCCAAAAUGGGUAACCUCCUCAGCAGGCCUGCUGAGACUCUCGCUCUGAGUCACGAGCGCGCCUCCGAGAAUCACUUGAGGGCAGUUAACGUGUUAGCCGACAGUGCUUGCGAGUCUUCCUCCGCGCUAUCGCAGGGGGCCCGCGACCUUGGUCAGAGCAUGGAGAGAAGCAGCGCGUUGCUGGGCUGCAGCGCCUGCUUCGCUAGUAAGUUGAUGCACGCCGCAGCUGGCGACGCGGUGUCUGCGGUCGAGAGUGUAGUGUUGAUGGCUCUUGUGGCGAUGAUCUUUUGUACCGGUGUCGUGGCGGCGAAGGGAGAGCCGCUUCUGCACUACGGACUUACAAUGCUCCAAAUGUGGAUAAUGAUCGGAAUCGUACUGACGUCGUUUGCUGCACUGGCGUUGCACAGGGAAAAGAGUAGUGCUUUUGCAGCAGAUACGAAGUCAGUCGCAAUAUCUGGAAGUGCAACACGGGACCAUUCUAGUUUCUCAGGAAAAAUAUGUCUGAGUGACAGACGGGUGUUAGCGUCUUUCCAGGUUGUAGAAGCAAGCACCUGGCAAGGAGCGGCAGAGCAGCUUGUCGAAGAGCUGGCCGGAAAUAAAGUGCGUGUUUCGCAAAUCGCCGCAAUAACCGCCUACAACAACGGACCCGACGGGUCUGCAAAACUGGCCGCGUUUUUGAGGCAAAAUGAGAUGGAUGGCACCUCCGAUUUGGUAGUAACUCCGGCGUCGCUGAAGUUUCACCUCCAAAACGGAAAUUGGAAAGGCUGGGCAAAAUUCAACGAAGAAAGCGUUCGUUUUGCGCAAGGGCUCCAUGGCGACCAGCUGAUCAGCAUCACAAACUGUUGCAACGAAGACGGCGGGGGCGUUGGAAUAGUCUGGUACAGGUGCUACGGCGGAGAAGAGUGCUAAACAAACAAAAAAGGUGUAGAAAGACAUUUAGCAGCGCCACACCUGUGCUGCUAACACAGGAUGCGAUAAAUGACGUGUCUUGUCAUUCUCAUUCCAGUCGAUUUUCAUUGUCAUUCCUGCUCCCUCAGCGAAAAGCCUCUAAAGUCCUCGAGUUUUGCAGCUUUAAUCCUGUGAAUUGCGGCCAAGUGUCGGCCGCCCGAAAGCCAAACUCAUUCUUAAACAUUAUUCCCUUAUUAUUAGGUGGUUCAUCAGUAAAUCAGUCAUCAGUGUUGCGGCGUGUCAUACCCCUGCAGGUGUGCUGACUUGCUUAUGGGGCCCCGCUGCGUCGGGUUGGG